AUGCCGGGACUGCUGGAGAACUGUGAGCGAUACUUCGGGAGCUCCGACCUGUACACUGUGCUCGGAGUGAGGAGGACGGCCGGGGAGGCGGAGAUCCGAAGAGGGUAUCACAAGACCUCGCUGAAGGUUCAUCCGGACCGGGUGUCCGAGGAGGAGAAGGACGAGGCCACGCUGAAGUUCCAGAUCCUUGGUAAAGUGUAUUCAGUUCUCUGUGACAAAGAGCAGCGAGCGGUCUAUGAUGAACAAGGGAUUGUGGAUGAGGACUCCGAUGCAAUUUCUCAAGACCGUAACUGGGAGGAGUAUUGGCGUUUGCUGUUUAAAAAGAUAACUGUGGACGAUAUCAAAGCAUAUGAAGAAAGGUACAGAGGAUCCGAUGAAGAGAGGACAGAUAUUAUACAAGCUUAUAUAGACUUUGAAGGAGACAUGGAUAACAUAAUGGACUCUGUAAUAUUUGCUGAUAUUGAAAAUGAGCCAAGGAUCAGAGAGAUCAUCCAGAAAGCCAUUAAGAAGAAGGAUGUUCCAGCCUACGAUAGCUUUGUAAAAGAAUCUAAGAAGAAACGGGAUCAGCGCAGGAAAAGGGCUGCUGAAGAAGCCCAAGAAGCAGAAGAAAUGAAACAGGAAUUGGGCCUAGGUGAUAAAGAUGAUGACUUAAAAGCUUUAAUUCAAAAAAAACAGAAGGAUCGAGAAAAGGAACUUGAUGGUUUUAUGGCACAAUUGGAAGCAAAAUACUGCAACAAUUCCAAAAAAGGGGGGAAAAAACCCACAGGGACAAAAAAAGGGAAAAAGUGA